ACAUGUCGAGCAUUCAAAGACCCUGCCCUGGAUGUGUUGUGGGCUCAACUUCACUCCUUGGAUGCACUCGUUCUCUGUUCUGGCGGGAAGCGGGACGAAAAUGACCAAUCAAUCUGGGAUCGCCCAUUGUAUGAUGCGGACUGGCGCGUUCUUGCGCAAUAUGGAAAGCGUGUCCGUACGCUGACGAUCUCACCUCAAUCGAAUACACGUGAUAUCAGUACCAUGCAACUUCUGAGUUGCUUUCCUGUUCCAGGACCUAUCCUUCCGAAUCUCACCAGGUUGAACUGGUUGUCUGAUCGCGAGGAGUUUUUCCCUUUCUUACGUCGGUUCUGUGGACCCGAUUUGAGGGCCUUGAGCCUUGAGCCCAUCUCAUGGAGUAUUCACAAGUGUGCCGCUAUUGCAUCGCUUGCACCAUCAUGUCCUUUGCUCCAGGAAUUCACAUGCGUUAACGCAGAGGAUUCGUCGAUGCAAUCGAUCAGCGAGGCAGUCUUGGGUUGGAAUAGGCUUCAAGUGUUGCAGGUCGGCCCUUUGGAUGAACAAGCUUUGACACACGCUGGCUCUUUGCAAACCCUACAAGAUCUACGUUUUUCUAUUUUAAAUCUCAGAUCCCCAAUGUUAGAAUUUUGCUCCCCCCGUGCUGCACUAAAGAUCUCAACACCAUCACUCUCAUCUUUUUAUGUGUUCAUCGAAAACAUCCAUUUCUCGACUCAACGUCUGCACCUUUUCUGCGAGCGCUAUACUGGAGUGUUUCCCAAACUUUUCUUUUCGCGCCUAAAAGCGUGCUUCAGGAAUCCCGCGGAACUUCUAGAACUAGGGCUCGUGAAAACGAUACCCCACAACAGAUCAAUUGUUCUCAGUUCUGUCAUGUUGGAUUCGCUCUUAUCGUUCAAGGGACUCAACUACUUAAACCUUGCGGAUCUAUGCACCUCGCAUAUUGAUGAUGCCUUCCUCGAAGAGAUGGCGGUGUCUUGUCCAAACCUACACGACCUCUACCUGGGCGACAAGGGUUGCUGGGUCGUCGCCCCGCAGGCAACUUUUGGUGGAGUUAUAUCUCUCCUAAAACACUGCCAUCAACUCUCCUCUCUAGGAAUUUUCUUCAGUGCUACUAUCGAAAGUAACUUUGUGCUCCAAGCCGAUGCCAUCAACCUAAAUGUCAACAAAUUUUCCGUUGGUGCAUCCCACAUCAGUGAUCCUAUGACUGUCACAGUAGUGCUGUCUUGGUUGAUUCCUAAUGCAAUUCGCAUAAAUCAUUGCAAACAAGUGGUUGGGGAGUUUCGGGCUAUAGGGAAAGGGUGGGAAACAGUAAAUACGUGGUUCAAGCCAUUUGUCUCAGCUCGAAAGCACAGUUGGGAGCAAGGUUGGUCGGAGGGGAAGUCGGUGGUUGAGCAGAACGCAAUAGCGUAA